AAUCUUCAGGAAGGUGCUAAAGUCCAUAACUUCGCCAGACUUCUAUGGCCGAUGGGUGCAACAACCCACGUCAGAAACACCUAUCGAUCCCCGCCUUGCCGAUAACCCCAAGUUCUAUCCCUUCUUUCGAGAGUGUGUCGGUGCUAUCGAUGGGACUCAUGUUCCUGUGACUGUCCGAGACAUCUCCCCCGACGCUUGGAGAGAUCGGAACGGUCAGCGGUCCACCAAUGUGAUGGCCGCGUGUGAUUUCUCCUUCCGUUUCACAUACGUUCGAGCUGGAUAUGAGGGUUCUGGCAACGACGUGAAUGUAAUGGAAAACGCUAUUGAGGAUGACUUUGUUGUUCCUCAUGGAAGGUUCUACCUUGCAGAUGCAGGAUAUGGGGCUCAUCCUGGUCUACGGGUGCCCUACAGGGGUAAGCGUUAUCAUUUGAAAGAAUGGGGCAAAGCAGGUACACGUCCCAAGAACAAAGAAGAGCUGUAUAACCUCCGACACGCCCAAGCGAGGAAUGUUAUCGAGCGAAUAUUUGGGGUGGUCAAGGAACGCUUCUCAAUCAUGAAGCACGGCAGCGAAUUCUCCAUGGCUGAUCAGUUCCGCACCAUCUACGCGGUAUGUGUCCUGCACAACAUGAUCACCACCAAGGAGGGUAUUCAGCGCCUCGGGGAAGAACUGUUCCCAAGCAUUCUGAACUUGGUUGCCGGAGUGUACGAUGAAAAUGAUCCUGGACAUAUUGAGGAAGAGGCAAGGGGGAAGGAGGAAGAUAAGUUGUUGGCAAAGGAGUUGGCCACGAACCAAAAGCUGAAGAGAGGACAAAACACAGUGGGCCUUUCUAGGUACACGGUGAGAAAGCAAGCGGAUAAGGUCAGGGAUGAGCUUGCGCAGGAUAUGUGGAUGCAAUACACUUCAUACAACGCACGGCAACAACUUGCGAACUUGUAA